CUCACUCGCACAACUCUGACUGCCCCCCACCGCGCAAACAAACGCCCUGCACCAUGAAAUUCUCCUCUGCCCUAAUCACGGGGGCUUCUCUCCUAUUCGCUGCUGUUGCUGUAGCUGCGAAAGAAGGCACGAGCUGUUCAUCAUCAACUGCUGCUGAUGCGGAUAUUAGAGGGUGCCCGGAUCCAGUUGGAGCCGUCCUUGCCUUGUUUGACUGCGUCACGAAGAAGGAUAGUGCGUGCGCUGCUGCUGCCUAUGACCCCGGCUUCCAACGCUUUCACAAUGAGGAGUCUACUGGGGCUAUGGCAGUUUCCGACCCCGGGUGGUGGGCCGGUGCCUUCUCCGUCGUCGACAUUUCUUUCGACGUCAAGUUCACCAACAACCCCGCCCCUAACACGGCGUCCGUGCGCUAUCUUGAGACGGUGACCACAAGCGACGGGCGCAGCCUGGGCCUGCCGGACCCGCGCUUCGACUACCCCUUUAACUUCACCGUUGUGCAGCACGAACACGCGAUUGGGCACGUCGACGACAACUGCAAGUUCACUUUCUGGGGUCAGUACGGUGACAACAAGGAGCAGACCGACGUGGACGCGGCUAUAGCAAAUAUGAUGUCUUGCAUGGGUGGGGGGCCGUGCGGGACCGCCCCCGCCUGAAAGAGAAAUCCGCUGUGGAUGCGCCCACUUCGCAGGACGCGGUGUCCGCCCCUUACCGCUCACCAGAUAUGAAAAUGCUUCGAGGGUGAAAUGCAGCUAGCUGUGGCAGCAUUGGGAGGAAGGUUGUGGGAGGCCGGUCAGCGCACGGGAAUAGUACGGAGGAUGGUGUCGUCAUAAGAUGACAUCACGAAAGGGUAAUCCAUGUCAAUCCCGCGAAAGUUCGGGCUUCGUUGGGAUUGAAUCAUUUUUGCCUGUGCUGUUGUUUCGUGUUGUCAGUUGACGAUCGAUGCCUUGCUUGGCGUUUUCGCUCGCGAUGGCACUACUGGUGCAGUUGAUCUAGGCCCGUAUAUGAGGGAAACCCGCGUGAUACUUUGGUGCCGCGAAGGCACACACAUGUUCGUUAAGGAGGACAAGACAAGUGUGGGACAAGAGGAGCACCGCGACGCUGGCAUUGGAAAGGGUCGCCACUCCGAAACCAUAAGCCUAAGUUUGUUGCUUAUAUGGAUGUGUAAUGAGGUGCGUGUUUGACUGGGGUGGUAGCUUCGACUGCUCUAACUGGCGAGUAUAUUAAUGACGAGAAAGGUCGAUCAGUCUUGUAACGGGAUACCGGCAUGAAAAACACGAAGGAACGUGAUUCUGCAGCAGUCCGCGGGCUCCUCACCGGAAGGACGAAUACAUGGGUGACUAUUUUUUUUGCUUUGUAAUGUCGACAGGAAAUGAUACGCUAAUGUGUAUUUGUGUGUCGUAGUAGGUUGCGUGUACAGAGAUGCGCCGUAGGUACAUCGCUGCCUCGGGUUCAUUUGGUGGGUGAGGGAACCGGAAACAAGAGCUGAAAGUGCCGAUAGGGCCUUCAGAAUGUAUGGAUAAAUGUGCGUAUUUGUUAUAGAGAUACAUUUCAAUCGAGUGCAAGGUGUGGACUAUCAUACUCUGUAUACAGACUCACGAUAUUAAUCCUAGGGAGAGCGUAAGGAGCGGCACCCAUCCGCGAAUCAAUCUAGUGUCCCCGGAAAGAACUAGCUACUGCUAAGCCUGCUUUUUUUAAGCAUGUUGGGCCCGUCUUUGACUGCGGUGAGAAAGGCUACCAGGGUAGCUGAAAGGUUCUUGGAGUAUCCUCAGAAUCAAACCCGUUCAUAUCCUUGC